GGGCUAGUGUCUUAGGCGAGAGACACCUCACUCCUUCAGCGCCUUCCGUACUGUAAGGACGUUCUUAGCUCGCGCAACGUUGUUGGUCCUUCGAGCCGGAUACAUUUUCGGACUUAGACCAUUUCGUGGAUAGCGCUCUACGCCUGCCGACUUGUAUCGUUCACGUGUCAUAUGGAUUGUUUUGGUAGUGCGGACUGUGUUUAUUAUUUCAGAUUUUUUCGUGUAUACUUGCGAUAAAACUACGUUUUCCUGUUCUGGUAACCCGAAAAUUUUGCCAAGAUGUGACGCGAUUCUAUAGGAUUAUGAUUUAGAUGUCUAAGACUAUAAAUGGAAUCUAAAUCAAGAUUUCUCAUCCUUCCUACAAGAUAAAAGUAUUGACAUGGGCGACUAUUCUUAAGUGGGGACUCAUAUCUGGAGGGGGGACCUGGACGACCAAUAACGCUUUAACUUAUGAUGUCAUCGGAGGAGGAGACAGAAUUCGGCUUGUAUACAGAUAAGCUCCUGAAGAAAUCCAAAAGAACUAGACAGCGUGUGGACGCCGGUGAGCCGCGUAACUCGUACUCGUCGAUCCCGAAUUUCAGUUCGCGACCGACUUUUCUCGGUGGUGGUAACAAUUUAUACGGCGCAAUUUUUACCCAACAGCAACAGUUCGGUCUCUUCGGACCGGGGUUCGCGCCCGCCAAGAUGCUCAACGAAUUACUGGGUCGGCAGAAGGUCGACUCCAGCGACGGGGAGGACGUCAAGUUCGACUCUGUGAUCCGCUGUGACGGCAGUCCACCAUCCGGUGAGCAACUCGCCCAUCACAUGCUCAGGGACAUCCUGCAGGGCCGGAAACACGAUCUCCUCUCACUGGAGCACGAGAUGAGGAACGGCCAGGAUAAUCUAAACAACAACAACAACGAUUCCAAAAUUGAUUCUGAACGCAACGACAUUGAUGCAAUGCAAGGGAUUAAGGACUGCGUGCAAGAAGCUGGUGGUCGUAAAUCUCAAGAACCACCGAUGGACGAAGCAAUGAAUGGUAUGGAAACGGAAUCUUUACCAUCGCCCAAGGUGGAGCCGGCUAGUCCGGCUAAACCGGAGGAUGCGAAAAAGGCAAGAGUGGAAAAUAUAGUUUCGGGAAUGAGGAGCAGUCCUGCACCGCCCCAAGUGAACGGAUGCAAGAAAAGGAAACUCUACCAACCUCAACAACACGACUCCAAUGCUGACAGAUAUAUCGACGAUGAUCUCGAAGAAGAACAAGAACCCAUCAAGCAGAAACGAGUAGAGAAAAACUUACUCAAAUCCCAGUUGAGAACGAUGCAGGAACAACUGGCAGAAAUGCAACAAAAAUAUGUGCAAUUGUGUACCAGGGUGGAACAAGGAUCAGAAGAAAGUCAAGAAGUGGAAGAAAUUCCUAGUGAUAGUGAACAAAGUUUGAAAAGAUCGGAUUCACCUUCUCCUGUGAUUGCUAGUCCGCCAAUAGUGCAACCUCCACCUCCUCCAACGUUGGUACAACAGGUGAGCAAUUUGAAAAUAAGUCCGCAAGGACCACCUUUCCAUAAUGGUAUGCUUCCUGAGCAUCCCCACAUGAACAGUGCCGCUGCCAUGUACUUGGGAGUGAAUCACAAACUUUUUAUGGAACAAGAAGCACGAAUGGCCAAAGAAGCGGCUGUAGCUGCUUCAGAAGCCCAACAACAACAAAGUAUGCCAACUCCCCAACCACAUCAGCCACAAAUGCCGCAAAAUAAACCAGAGAACAUCGCGGAAAGAUUACAGCUGAUGAGGAAUAUCUCAACCCCUACGAAUAACGAACUUGAAGGAUUAGCAGACGUACUAAAAACAGAAAUCACAGCAUCACUGUCGAGCUUGAUCGAUUCCAUCCUGUCCAGGUUUGUACAUCAGCGAAGGUGUAAGCAGCAAGAUGCAGCCAACGCAGCAGAACAGUUGAACAAGGACCUGAUGAUGGCCUCGCAAUUGUUAGACCGCAAAUCUCCAAGGACCAAAGUGGCGGAACGACCUCAAGCUCCGCCGCCACAAAUUCCGACAUCCUCAGGACCUCAAAUGGUAAAUGGCAAUGGUUGUCAGCCUAUGGUGCACAUGAACAACCAUAUCAUUCCAAAACCUUCAGAACUUCACCUGCGACCUCCUACAUUUCAGCCUCCAAAACCUCCCGGCAUCAACCAGGCCCCGUUAUUUGGAAUGAACCACCCCUUCUGCAAGCAGGAGAAUCCAGAGCAAAAUGAAGCCCUCAGCCUGGUGGUGACCCACAAGAAGAAGCGACAUAAAGUCACCGAUACACGGAUAACACCGAGGACAGUCAGCAGGAUCCUGGGCGGCCAGGAAGGUAUGGGAAUGUCUCCGGCUUCCAUGGAACACAGCCAGUGCACGUCUCCAAGACCGCCGCCAUAUCCCCAUCACCACCAACCGCCUCCGAUGCUGCCAGUGUCGCUGCCAACUUCUGUGGCCAUCCCAAAUCCAGGACUUCACGAAUCUCAGGUUUUCUCACCCUACAGCCCUUUCUUCCAUGGACCUAGCCAUGGGCACCAUAUGGCGAUGCAGGCAUCGUCGUCACCGCCAAGAAUGCACAAAAUGGAAAGAGAGUCACCCCCAAUUCACCAUCCCCCAACGUUACUACACCCUGCCCUCCUAGCUGCUGCUCAGCACGGUGGUAGUCCUGAUUAUUCUCAUAUGAGAGCAGUGAAUAUGGAAAGUAAAUACGGAAUAGUAAAUAUGGACAAUGGUGAUAGAAACUCUGACUGCAACUCAGGAGACAUAUCCUACGAUGGAAUGAAGCCUACUAUAUCCUUUUUAUGCAAAGAUUUUAGUAAAAAUCUUAGUUCUCAACAUCCGAAUAUGUCCUUAAGUCCAGAGCACUCGUCUACAUUGACCCCGAUGCAUCUCAGGAAAGCUAAACUGAUGUUCUUUUGGGUGAGGUACCCAAGCUCGUCAGUCCUCAAAAUGUACUUCCCAGACAUCAAAUUCAACAAAAAUAACACUGCCCAGUUGGUUAAGUGGUUCUCCAACUUCAGAGAAUUCUACUAUAUCCAGAUGGAAAAGUAUGCAAGACAGGCUGUGUCUGAAGGUGUGAAGAACGCGGAAGACUUGCACGUCGGAGGAGAUUCCGAAUUGUACAGGGUGUUGAAUCUUCACUACAACAGAAACAAUCACAUCGAGGUAUGGGGACCGCAGGUUCCCUCGAAUUUCCGAUUUGUAGUAGAACAAACGUUAAGAGAGUUCUUCAAAGCGAUCCAAGAGGGCAGGGACUCGGAACAGUCUUGGAAGAAAUCGAUAUACAAGAUCAUCUCCAGAUUGGACGACCCAGUGCCCGAGUACUUCAAGUCGCCAAAUUUCUUGGAGCAACUAGAGUGACCAGAAGUAGGUUCUAAGAUAGUGGUACCUGAGAACCACUGGUAUCAGCCUCUGGUGGCUAGUAAUUAAGGAAGACAACACCACAGCACAGAAUCGGUGACGUGACAAACUGUCGACUAUUUAUUUGUUUUGAAUGGUUGUGAAGAUAUCGACGCGGUUAAUAUUCUUCCUUGGUGUCUUCAAGCGCAUUCUGGACUAUUGUUAAUAAUAUUAAUCGUGAUUUCAGUUGACAGGAUGAAAGACUAUUUACAAAUAAUAUGCCUCAGGCUUUUUGUUCGUUGUAACGAACAGUGAAUACAAAUCAAUCAAUUUUUCAGCGGUUACCUGAAUGUUUAACAAAUAGUAUUACAGAAAAACACAAACACUUCUAUGAUAUGUUUUCCAGCCAGCAGUCAGCAAGUUCAAAAUCUGCAUUUUCCGUUUACUUCGGCAUAUUGUUUCCACCUACGCCACUGUAAACUGUGCUCAGUUUUUGUAGCAUGUGUAAAUAAGAAACAUUCCAGAUAUCUUGUAAAUAAUAUUCGAAUAUUUAAUUUAUAUAAUUUACCCCUACUUUACCAAAGUUAUCGUUCUGCUAGUCGUAUAUAUAAGUUUAUUCGAUUUGAGUAAAUUUAUGCCCAAUUAUAUUUAUUUAAUAUUGGAAUGACUAUUCGAAAUAUUAUUCGUAUAGUCAUUUCGAACAAAGGCAAUCAAUUUUUCUAAUUUGAAUAUUGUUAUAUAAAUUUCUAUAUUGAGUUGGUAUGUGGUUAUAGCACAUUUUAUUUAUUUUAUUGUUUUUUUUUCGGUCCAAUUAUUGAAAAGUUUAGAAAUCGGAAGAAAUACGUUACAUCGUUGCUCAACAAUCUAUUUCUUCCCCUCAACACCUAGUUCUCUUUCCUUUUCCCUUUAUGAAGUUCCUUCUUUUAUACCAUUUUACUUUUCAAUAAUUCGAUCCCUAUCAUUUCCAUUUAUCGUUGGAGAAGGCUAGUUGCUUUUUCGCAUACCUACUUGAUAUAAUGUACUUAAAAUUUUAAUUUUAUUUAGUUAAUUUUUCACUAGCACGUUUUAGUGUAGUAUAAACACAAUUCAAAACACUGUGUGAGGCAACUAGUCAUUGAUGAUAAUAAUUAUUAUAUUAUGAGAAUUAAUAAAUAUAAUGUAUUAUUUUGUUCAA